AUGGAUGCCCUCACACCUGCCCUUCUGUGCCUUGGUGCCCUGGGUUUCCUGUGGGAUUGUGCUGACUUCCCUCCUUUACUCUCAGGCUCAACGGCUGCAGUUGUGGAUUUCCAGGGCCGUUACUUCAUCACGGCUUUCUUGGAGAAUGGAGGCGCCGACAAGCCCAACUUCCGGCUGUACGUGUCGCCACCCCCGAAGGGGCCCCCGACGGCUGUGCAAGUGAGGGCGUACCCGGUGGGGGGACCGCCCUUUCGGCGCGCGCUGAGCCUGCUGCCAGGCAUCACUGCAUUGGUGCGGCUCCCGGGCGCCGUGGAACUGCAGGGCUCGCGGCGGGAAGCGGGCGGAGCGGUGCGCUUAGCAGCGUCGCGGCCGGUGGGAGUGACAGUGGUGAACGCACGUGGACGCGCCUCCCUAGACACGGCACUAGCGCUUCCGCGCCGCCUGCUGGGUACUCGCUACGUGGUGGUGACGCCGUCGCUGCAGCCCCACGACCGGCACAAGGAGUUUGCGGUGGUAGCCGGCGCUAGGCCCACGCGCCUGCGCCUCACGCCUCCCGUGCCCAUCCUGCUGGAUGGCGUCGAGCAUGCUGCCAGCCGGCCCCUCCUCGUACAUCUCGAGCCCUUCCAGGCGCUGCAAGUGCAGAGCGCAGGUGACCUGUCAGGCACCCGCGUCGUGGCCACUCAUCCUGUCGCGCUGCUGGCUGGCCACAGUUGCCUGCAAGCGAGAGAUAAGGCCUGUGGCCACGUGUCCGAACAACUGCUGCCCCAGGAUUACUGGGGCCGCGUCUACGCCGUGCCCCCGUUCGCGCCCGCGGCUCCGGGACCCAGAGAUCAUGUGUACGUGGCUGCUGACAGUGUGGGCAGCCUGAACUUCUGGGGGGGCGGUGCCAAAGGGGCGCGGGCUCUGGGCCUUGGAGCCGUGCUGCACUUCGCGGUGGACCCAGUGCGCCCCCUGGUGCUGCGCUCCUCCGCCCGCCUGCAGGUGCUUUUCCUGGCUGCGGCUGCGGCCCGCGGGGGCGUCGCAUACAAUCCCUUUUUCGCUCUCUUGCCCCCGGUGGACGCGUUCAGCCGCAGCUUCGCGCUCACCGCGCAGCCGGGCUUUUCCAACGUGGCGGUGCUCGUGGCGCGUGAGCCCACCCUGGUGCUCCUAGAUCGGCAGCCGCUGCCCAACCUGCACUGGCGCCUCAUCCCCAGCGGCCCCGAGCCGCCUCACGGGCAGCAUUCUGGUCAAAGCCAGGCCCCCACUCAGGGUUUCGCCUGGACUGAGGUGGCAUAUGGGCCUGGGCAAGGAGUAGUGCACUUCCUGGAGACUCGCGGGACGCCCGUGGGCGUGCUUAGCUUCGGCACCGCCCCGGGCGCUGGCUUCGGGACCCAAGCCUCGCGGCAGCCAAGCGUGAGUGAGCAGCGCUCGCGCCCAAGACAAUCGGAAGAUAUUCUGAGUGAAGAAGAUCUGAACCUUCCCACAGAAUCCUAUCCCCUCAUAGAGUCUUCCCUGAUGAUGCCACUCCGGUUCCCAGGAUCCUGUAAGGACCACGCAUGCUCCGAUGGGACCACAUGUCAUCUUGUAAAGCACAAACCUGAGUGUGUGGCCAGCACGAAGACCACAUUUGGGUCUGACAUCGUGUUCAGUUCCAAGACAAUAUCUCUGAAGGACCUCGAAACAGCGUCCAUCUCCAGCUCUAAAACCAUGGCAGUGGCCAAACCAGGAUCAGAAAGCACACCUGAAGCAGAACCAGGACUUGUAGCAGUGACCAUGGCUUAUCCAGGGUUUGCACAAGGGGUUUUGAAUGAACCUCAGCCUGAAUCUAUAGCUUUGGUUGAACCAGAACCUGGACUUCUGUCUGUAAAAGAACCAAUUCCCGAAACCCUGACUGUGGCUUUAUCAGCACCUGUACCUUUACCCCUGCCAAUGCCCAUAGCUGAACCAGAGUCCAAACCCAAGACAGUGUCUGGGUCUAGGUCAGAAACUGUCUCAGUGGCCAAGUUGGGGCUCAAGGUGGUGGCAGGGACUGAACCAGGCUUAGAGGCUGUGACUAUGGCAAAACAAGAACUUGAAACUGUGUCUGGGUCCAAAAUGGCGUCUCAGACCAAAUCAGAGACAGUGGGUGUCUCUAGUAAGAGGCAGGGGGGCAUCCCAGGGGGUAUCUGCUGGGCUUCCGGGCUACCAUACAUCUACACUUUUGAUGGCUACUCUUUCCCUGUGCCUGGGGGAUGUACCUACAUCCUGAGCCAUUGCCCUCAGGCCCUACCCAGUGGCCUCCCUGCCUUCCAGCUGUGGAUCGCCUGCUCUGGAGGGAGGCAGCCCGUGCGCUUUGUCACAAUGCGCGCUUUUGGCAUCACCAUCACUGCUGUCAAACAUGAGUUCGGCUUUGUCCGGGUGAACCAGCAGCGGCUUAGGCUGCCAGUGACGCUGCUCCACGGGAGGCUGCGGUUGUAUUUCCGUAGCUCAGAACUAUGGGCAGAGGCAGGUCUGGAGCAAGAGCCACCCGCACUGCGCCUAGUGUACGACUGGCAGCACGCCCUGUCUCUGCAAGUAACCGCCGGCUACCGUGCACACGUGGUGGGCUUGUGCGGCAACUUCAACAGUGACCCAAUCGAUGAUGUGGGCGGUCCAGACCUGCGCGCCUUCUUGCGCACUUGGACCCUGCAGCCGCCUGAUGACCCGUGCCACUCCCUCUGGGCUGCUCCCUGCACCAAGCCAUCGUCCCCACCGAAGACCCCGGGGCCCUGUGCCAUCCUGACAGCUCUGAACGGGCCCUUUAGCCAUUGCCACCAUGUGCUGAGGCCUGCACCCUUCGAGAUCAGCUGCAGUGCUUGGAUCUGCCCCUUCUCCAACAACCGACCUACUCUUUGCUUGAUGCUCCAGGUCUAUGCACAUGCGUGUCAGCGCCUAGGUGUCAGCAUCAACUCCUGGAGAUCCCAGACUGGCUGCCCUAUCGAGUGCCCCCAAAACAGCCAUUAUGAGUUAUGUGGCUCCUCCUGCCCAGAGACAUGCUUGGGGCCCUUGGGAGCCUCCUGCCCACUGCCCUGCGGGGAGACGUGCACCUGCAAUGCUGGCUAUGUUCGCAGCGGCCCAGCCUGUGUCCUCCGGCGCCCAGGGCCUGGUGGCUGUGGCUGCGUGCACCAGGGACGUCUGCUGGCACCAGGCGAGGCUUUAUGGGAGGGUGUGGGCUGCACUCGCCGCCGCUGCCUCUGCCCAGCCUUAGGAGGGAGCGUGAUCUGCACUGAGACGGGGUGCAGGCCACAUGAGCGCUGCGUUCUGUCACACAACCUGCGUAUGUGUGUGCCCUCGAGCAUGGCCACAUGCGUGGUGGCUGGCAGAGGCCACUACAUCACCUUUGAUGGGCGCCGUUUUCGCUUCCCUGGCUCUUGCGUGUACCUGCUGAGCGGCCUCAGUUCUUCAGCGCCACAGGAGCUCGCUGACUUCCAUGUGCUCCUGGGCACCAGUCCUGAUGGUGUCCCGAAUAGCCUCGAAGUACACGUGUCUGGAUUCCAUCUGAGGCUGGACCCCAAGGAACCCGGUCGUGUCCUGGUGAAUGGUGACUGGCAGAAUCUACCAUUCCAGGCUCUGAGCAACAAUACACUCAUCUUUCGCCAUGGCUGGGACACUGUGGUCAGCUGUCCCUUUGGCCUGCGUGUGACCUAUGCCCCUGGGAUCCGCGUAGUACUGGAUCUUCCAGCAGCAUAUAAGGGCCAUGUGGUGGGGCUGUGCGCUGACUAUAAUGGGGACCCCAUGAAUGACCUCCAGGUGCCUGGAACCGUGCUGGGCACCAAGCUGCCUGAGGAUGCAAUGGUCUGGGCCUUUGGCCAUAGAUAUUUGGUGGAUUCCUCGACUGGGUGCCUGGAUGCUGCUGACAAGAUGCCGCCACUGCCACCAUCUUGUGUCACUCUGCCAACCACCAGCAGCCCAACCCACUUUGCCCACCCUUGUGACAUCCUUUUGGACCCUCUGGGGCCCUUCCAGCUGUGCCAUGAGAUGCUGGCACCAAGCCCCUAUGUCCAAGAUUGCAUGGUGGAUGUAUGCCUGGGCACUGGACCCUGCCCCAUGCUCAGCCUCUACUGUGAAACUUGCCAGCUGCUGGGUGGCCAAGUCUUCCAAUGGCGGAAUUCAAGCCUGUGCAGUGAGUGCCUAGGGAUUCAGUCUAGCGUCUCUCUCUAUCUUUGCUCAUCUGGGGAACCUGGCCCCACUCUUGACUGAGAUGUGGCUCCUUGGCUGUUGCUCAUCCCAGAGUGCCAGCUCCUCCCUGCACAAUGUAUCCCUGAGACCCUGUACUUCCCACUGCACCAGCCUUCAGCCAUCCCUCCACUCCCCACCAGACCCUCAACCUUUGCCCAUGCUAAAGUGGCAGGUGUAUUCUGACUUAAGUCCAGCCCCCCAACUCUUAUCCUUCCCUCUUCUCAGCCCUGAUUAUGGUCCAACCCUUCAGCUCUUACCUCUCUGGGACUCAGACCUGUUCAUGGUCCAGCCCCUAAGCUCUUAUCCA